CAUUUUGACAAGGCCAGAGCUCUGGUCGUCAGCACAUAGGGCACGGCUCACAGGGCGGCGAGCUGUAGAAGGAGAAUCUAGUGGAGGCGGGAGGGAGCAAAGAUGGCGUCAGGCUGGGGGAUUACAGGGAACAAGGGCCGAUGCUACGACUUCUGGAUGGAUUUCAGUGAGUGCAUGUCGCAUUGCCGGGAGCCCAAAGAUUGCGCUUUACUCCGCGAGGACUAUCUCGAGUGUCUCCACCAUGCCAAAGAGUUCCGAAGGAGAAACCGAGUCUACAAAGAAGAGCAGCGCCAACUUAGAGCUGCUGCUAGGAAGGCCAAAGAACAAACUGAAGGUGGCGACGAAAACUCUGAACAUUAGUCUUCUCUGAACUGGAUCAUAUGAAACAGUAGAGGAGAAAAACUUUGGCAGUAAAUUAAUGUUUU